CAGACCAUGUGGCGUGGCCGGCACUGAAUGUCUAUCAUUUAAAUUGUGUCAGGCCCAGCUAGAGGGAGCCGGAGAGGGAGGGAGCGCAUCGCAGAGAGGAGACACACAUUCAUUGGGGGAUCCAUAAGGUAAUUCGGAUCUUCAGCAUCAGGGCGUACAUACACACCUGCCCCCAAAGGAUCCCACAAACAGCAUCUGGGUAUCUGACCGCUGCCCAUCAAUCGCCACUGAGCCUGAGCCUGAGCACUGCGGGGACAAGGCUGCGUCAUAAAUAGAAUUUAAACAUGGAGGACAUAGUUAUAGCCGGGAUGUCAGGACGGUUACCAGAGUCCAACAAUCUACAGGAAUUCUGGGAUAACCUAAUCCAAGGUGUGGACAUGGUCACAGAAGAUGACAGAAGGUGGAAACCAGGGCUGUACGGCUUGCCUAAAAGAAAUGGGAAAUUAAAGGAACUUGAUAAAUUUGAUGCUGCCUUCUUUGGUGUUCAUCCCAAACAAGCUCACACUAUGGAUCCCCAGUUACGAUUGCUCCUAGAGAUUUGUUACGAAGCCAUUGUAGAUGCAGGCAUCAAUCCAAAUGAGCUUCGUGGCACAAACACAGGAGUCUGGGUGGGUGUCAGUGGAUCAGAAGCAGGAGAAGCCUUUAGCCGAGACCCAGAGGAAUUGCUGGGGUACAGUAUGACUGGAUGCCAACGUGCUAUGUUUGCCAAUCGCAUCUCUUACUUCUUCAACUUUAAAGGACCCAGCUUAUCUAUAGAUACGGCCUGUUCCUCCAGUUUGUUGGCUUUAGAAAAUGCUUACAAGGCCAUCCAGCAUGGACAAUGCAAUGCAGCCAUUGUAGCAGGAGUUAAUGUGCUGUUGAAACCCAACACUUCUGUGCAGUUCAUGAAACUUGGUAUGCUGAGCCCUGAUGGAGCCUGCAAGUCCUUUGAUGCAUCAGGAAAUGGAUACUGUCGCUCUGAAGCUGCAGUUGCUGUUCUUGUCACCAAGAAAUCCUUGGCUAAACGACUGUAUUCCACCAUAUUGAAUGCAGGGAGCAAUACUGAUGGCUUCAAAGAACAAGGAGUCACUUUCCCAUCUGGUGCUGUGCAGCAAGAGCUACUAACCUCCUUGUACAAAGAGGCAGGAAUCCAUCCAAGUCAGGUGGAAUAUUUGGAAGCCCAUGGAACAGGCACCAAAGUUGGAGAUCCACAGGAAGUAAAUGGGAUUGUUGGUGUUCUUUGUGAUUCAACACGUGAACCAUUGUUAAUAGGGUCUACUAAGUCAAACAUGGGCCACCCAGAGCCAGCUUCUGGUCUUGCUGCCCUUGCUAAGGUAAUUCUUUCGUUGGAACAUGGAGUCUGGGCUCCAAAUCUUCACUACGAAACGCCAAACUCUGACAUUCCUGCUCUUCAAGAUGGCCGUAUUCAAGUUGUGACCAAGCCAACACCAGUAAAAGGUGGAAUUGUUGGCAUCAACUCCUUUGGUUUUGGAGGCUCCAAUGUGCAUAUUAUCCUAAAACCCAAUGAGAAGAAACCCUCUGAUGUGGCCUCUGUAGAAUUUCCCCGACUAGUACUUGCUUGUGGUAGGACUGAAAAAGCAGUAGAGAGCAUAAUCCAGAAGAGUAGGGAGCCCGCAGCUGACAACACAUUUGUAACCUUGUUAAAUGAUAUAUCUGGCAUUCCUCAAUCCUCGAUGCCCUAUCGUGGUUAUACUCUGGCGAAGACAGACAGUGAUAUUAAGGAGAUUCAACAGGCGCAGGUUUCAGGAAGACCUCUUUGGUACAUUUGCUCAGGGAUGGGAACACAGUGGAAGGGAAUGGGACAUAGUCUUAUGAAACUAGACAUAUUUCGUCAAUCCAUAUUGCGCUCUGAUGAGGCCCUGAAAGGGACUGGACUGAAAGUGUCUGAACUGUUGUUAAAUGCCGAUGACAGAACCUUUGAGGACACUCUACAUGCUUUUGUUGGCCUUGCUGCUAUCCAGGUUGCUCAGAUUGACAUGCUAAAGGCAAUGAAGCUUGAACCUGAUGGAAUUGUUGGUCAUUCGGUUGGAGAACUGGCCUGUGGUUAUGCAGAUAAUUCUCUCAGCCAGAAUGAAGCAAUUCUUGCUGCCUAUUGGAGGGGGCGCUGCAUCAAAGAAGCCCAUCUGCCCCCUGGUGGAAUGGCUGCUGUUGGACUGACAUGGGCAGAAUGCAAAAUUCAGUGUCCAAAGGGAGUGGUGCCGGCUUGCCACAAUUCUGAGGAUACGGUUACUAUAUCAGGCCCUCAGGAUUCUGUCCGUGAAUUUGUAGGAAGCCUAAAAAGCAAAGGUGUUUUUGCUAAGGAAGUGCAGAGUGCUGGUGUUGCCUUUCAUUCCUAUUAUAUGGAGUCUAUUGCCCCGUCUCUUCUUAAUGCGCUGAAAAAAAUAAUCACACCAAAGCCACGAUCUUCCCGUUGGGUGAGCACAUCAAUCCCAGAAUCUCAGUGGAACAGCAACCUUGCCAAGUUCUCUUCAGCCGAGUACCAUGUUAACAACUUGGUGAGCCCAGUCUUGUUUCAAGAAGGCUUGCAGAAUAUUCCAGAAAAUGCAGUAGUGGUGGAAAUUGCCCCCCAUGCCCUUCUCCAGGCUGUGCUGAGGAGAAGCUUGAAGCCUACAAACACAAUCCUUCCUCUAAUGAAGAAAGGGCACAGCAACAAUCUGGAAUUUUUCCUUACAAACAUAGGAAAAGUCUAUAUGAAUGGAAUUAACGUUGAAGCAAACAACAUAUUCCCCAGUGUUGAGUAUCCUGCGCCUGCUGGCACUUCCCUCAUCUCUCCACUUAUCAUGUGGGAUCACAGCCAAACAUGGGAUGUUCCAAAGGCAGAAGACUUCCCUGCAGGUUCAGGGGGGUCAACAGCAACAACUGUGUACAAUAUAGAUAUGAACCCAGAUUCUCCUGAUUUAUUUAUGAAUGGACACUGCAUUGAUGGUCGGGUCCUGUACCCAGCAACUGGUUACUUGGUGCUAGCAUGGAGAACACUAGCACGAUCAUUGGGUAUUGUGAUGGAGCAGACCCCUGUCAUAUUCGAAGAUGUUACAAUCCACAGAGCAACAAUUCUUCCCAAAACAGGCAUUAUACAGAUGGAGGUCCGUUUAAUGCCAGCAUCCAAACGUUUUGAAGUUUCAGAAAAUGGAAGUCUGACAGCAAGUGGAAAAAUCUCUGUAAUGGAGGAAAAUGUUUUAAAUAAUUUCCAAAACCAGCUGAUGGAUUCACUGGAUAAGGACGAGGACAUUGAUUCAGAACUGCCUCUGUCUGAUAGAGAUAUUUACAAAGAGCUUAGACUGAGAGGCUAUGACUAUGGACCCAGCUUCCAGGGAAUAAUUGAAUCUAACAGUAGAGGGGACAAAGGAAAACUUCUAUGGAGUGGUAACUGGGUAACAUUCACAGACACCAUGCUACAGAUGAUGGUCCUUGGACUAAAGGGGCGGAGCCUGCGCUUGCCUACUAGGAUUCUUUCUGUCGGCAUUGAUCCCACAAUACACAAGGAUCAUGUGUUUCUGCACAAUGGAGAUAGAGAAGCAGUCCAUGUUGCUGUUAAUAGCUGUUUGGAUAGAAUCGUAGCAGGAGGAGUUCAGAUAUUGGGCCUCCAUGCAACCACAGCUCCCCGGCGCCAGCAACAGCAGACUCCACCUAUACUGGAGAAAUUUGUCUUCACUCCUUACUUUGAAGAAAAAUGCCUGAGUGAUAAUCAUGACCUGCAUUAUCAGCUACAACAGUGCUCAGGCAAAAUACGUGAUUUGGAGUCUAAGUUGAGCCAGCAUGGUUUAAAACUGGAAAUUCCUGAAUUUAAUGUACCAGAGCCAACAAAUGAAGGCACAAAGUCUGAUGCUUUAAAUAAGGGCCUCCUCCAUGUUCUUACUGAGAUCUGCAACUUGGAGCUGAAUGGAAACCUGCAGUCUGAUUUGGAACUUAUGUUAAUCAAGGAAAAAGAUCAGCUAAGAAAUGAUCCUCUUCUGAAUGGGCUGCUUGACUCCCCUCAGCUAAAAACCUGUCUGGAUAUAGUUUUGGAGAAUGGAAAUCCACAACAAAUGAAGAUUGUGGAGGUACUGGCAGAAACUGGGCGCUUGUUUUCUUACGUGCCAACACUAUUAAAUACCCAGCCGAUGUUGCAGUUGGACUACAUUGCUACUGAUUCAACAACAGAAGUUCUCUUAUCACUGGAGGAAAAUCUGAAAGAAUUUGGGGUGUCUGUAGAACAGUGGGACCCCUUGGGCACAGCUCCUAAUACUGUAACCAACGCAGAUCUUCUAGUGUGCAACAGUUCCCUUCACCUUUUGAAAAACCCACUGCAAGCUUUUACCAACAUGGCGGCCACUGUUAAAGAAGGGGGUUUUAUUUUGCUUCACACACUUCUCAAAGGGGACAUGCUUGGUGAGACAAUCACAUUCCUGAAUAACCAAAAUCCCCAACAGAAUGAGGGUCUGUUAUCACAGACAGAAUGGAAGGAGGUGUUUGACGGUGCUUCUCUAAACCUUAUUGCAAUGAAAAAAUCUUUCUACAACUCGGUCAUUUUCCUGUGCCGCCGGCAGGUUCCAGAACAGACCCCACUGUUCUUGUCAGUUGAAGAUAUGGCCUGUACAUGGGUUAAAUCUGUACAGGAAGCUAUGGCUGAUUCUGGUGAACAAACAAUUUGGUUUGUGGCGGAGAACCAGGCUAACUCUGGCACUGUAGGGAUGGUUAACUGCCUGCGCCAGGAGCCAGGGGGAAAAAGGAUCAGGUGUAUCUUUAAUGCUGAUGCAGAGGCUAAACCCCUAUCUGAAAAGGAGAAGAAACAGCAGCUGACAAAUGACCUGGUGAUGAAUGUCUAUCGGGAUGGAGAGUGGGGAUCCUUCCGUCACAUCCCCUUCCACAAAGAUGGGAUUCAGGAUGAAACGGCUUUUGCCUUUGUGAAUAUUCUCACCCGUGGGGACCUCUCUACUUUGAGCUGGGUAGCUUCUCCUCUGCAGCACUUCCUUCCCUCCAAUCCCAAUGUUCAACUCUGCAAAGUCUACUAUGCAUCACUCAACUUUCGGGACAUUAUGCUGGCUACUGGUAAACUGCCUCCUGAUGCCAUCCCAGGGGACCUGGCCCUGCAGCAGUGCAUGCUGGGAAUGGAGUUUUCAGGCCGUGACCCAGCUGGGAAAAGGGUUAUGGGACUGCUUCCAGCUAAAGGCCUUGCUACUGCGGUGGAUGCUGACCAGCGCUUUCUAUGGGAUGUGCCAGAAAGCUGGUCGUUGGAAGAAGCAGCAUCAGUACCUGUUGUCUACGCUACAGCUUACUAUGCCCUAGUUGUUAGAGGCCGUAUAAGAAAAGGAGAAAGUGUCCUUAUUCAUUCUGGAUCAGGAGGUGUAGGUCAAGCUGCUAUUGCCAUUGCACUAAGUAUGGGAUGCCAAGUCUUCAUAACAGUAGGAUCUUCCCAAAAGCGUGAAUAUCUCCAAAACAGGUUUACAGAACUGGAUGCAAAUUGUUUUGCCAACUCCAGAGAUACCUCUUUUGAACAGCACAUACUGAGUAGAACUGGAGGUAAAGGUGUUGAUUUGAUUUUGAACUCUUUGGCUGAGGAGAAGCUGCAGGCCAGUCUUCGUUGUCUUGCCCGCCAUGGCCGUUUCUUGGAAAUUGGCAAAUACGAUCUGUCUAACAACAGCCCACUGGGAAUGGCCCUUUUCCUAAAGAAUGUGUCAUUCCAUGGAAUCCUUUUGGAUGCCCUCUUUGAGGACCAAAAUAAGGAAUGGGAAGAAGUGUCUGAUCUUCUAAAGGCGGGGAUAAAAGAUGGAGUUGUAAAGCCAUUAAAGUGUACAGUCUUUGAGCGUGAUGAUGUGGAGCCGGCCUUCAGAUUCAUGGCUCAAGGAAAGCACAUAGGCAAAGUGCUAAUAAAGGUACGUGAUGAAGAGGCGGAACAGCAUUAUAAAUCAGAUAUCCUUCAGAUAUCUGCCAUCCCACGAACAUCAUUUCCUUCUACAAAAUCCUACAUUAUCACCGGUGGGCUUGGUGGAUUUGGAUUGGAGUUAGCUCAGUGGCUGAUUGAAAGAGGUGCUAAAAACUUGGUGCUCACCUCUCGCUCUGGUGUACGAAAUGGAUAUCAAGCAAAACAAAUCCAAACUUGGAAGGGAAUGGGCAUUAAAGUCCUUGUCUCUGGUAAAGAUGUGGGUUCUUUGGAAGAAACUCUGCAGUUAAUUGAAGAAGCAGGACAAUUGGGCCCAGUUGGUGGAAUAUUUAACCUGGCAAUGGUCUUAAAGGACGCAAUGAUUGAGAACUUAACUACCCAGCUGUUUCAGGAUGUUAAUAAACCAAAGUAUGAUGGCACUCUGAAUCUAGACAGGGUAAGCCGUGAGAAAUGUCCAGAGCUGGAUCACUUUGUGGCAUUUUCAUCAGUGAGUUGUGGGAGAGGAAACGCAGGACAAAGUAAUUAUGGCUUUGCUAAUUCCACAAUGGAGCGUAUUUGUGAAAAAAGACGUCGGGACAACCUGCCAGGUUUGGCAGUGCAGUGGGGAGCCAUUGGUGAUGUGGGUGUAGUCCUAGAAACCAUGGGUAGUAAUGAUACUGUAAUUGGUGGUACUUUACCCCAAAGAAUCGUUUCAUGCAUGGAAGUCCUGGACCAAUUCCUGAAUCAGCCUCACCCUGUAAUGUCCAGUUUUGUCUUAGCCGAGAAAACCCUUUCCGUGAAAAGCAAAGGUAGCAGCCAACAGGACUUGGUGGAAGCUGUGGCUCACAUACUAGGUGUCCGUGACAUAAACAGCUUAAAUCCUGAUACCACCCUGGCAGACCUUGGAUUGGAUUCAUUGAUGGGUGUAGAGGUGCGGCAGACGCUGGAGAGAGAUUAUGACAUAGUGAUGGCAAUGAGGGAAGUCCGACAACUGACUAUAAACAAGUUGCGGGAACUGUCCUCAAAACCUAGCACUAUGGAAGAUGCAAAGAGCACCCAGAAGUCAUCUGUCCCUCCUGAACUUUCCAUUCUGGAUCUGACUAACCUACUUGUGAACCCUGAUGCUUCCACAACUACAAAGCUUAACAAUGUGGAAACUGAUGAGCGUCCCCUGUUCUUGGUACACCCCAUCGAGGGAUCGACUGCAGCCUUUCACAGCUUGGCUUCCAAACUUGCAAUCCCUUGUUAUGGUCUUCAGUGUACUAGAGCUGCUCCAUUGGACAGCAUUUAUAGUCUGGCAUCUUACUAUAACCAAUGCAUAAAGCAGAUUCAGCCUGAAGGACCCUAUUUGAUUGCUGGUUACUCAUUUGGUGCCUGUGUGGCCUUUGAGAUGUGCUCCCAGCUGCAGGCUCAGCGGGAAGCUUCACAAGCCCCAGACAGCCUCUUCUUGUUCGAUGGAUCACAUUCUUAUGUUGCUGCAUACACUCAGAGUUACCGCGCCAAGUUAACGCCUGGCAGUGAAGCUGAGGCUGAAACAGAAGCACUGUGUGCAUUUAUCCAGCAAUUUACUGGCAUGGAAUACAAUAAGCUUGUCGAAGCAUUGCUUCCGCUAAAGGACCUGGAGUCCAGAGUCAUCUCUGCUGUCAACCUAAUAACACAGAGCCACAAAGACAUCAGCCAGGAAGCAUUGCAGUUUGCUGCCUCUUCGUUCUUCUACAAGCUAAAAGCAGCAGAUCAGUAUAUUCCCAAGAAUAAAUAUCAGGGGAAUGUAACACUCCUGCGGGCAAAGACACGGACUGAGUACGGAGAAGGACUUGGUAUUGAUUACAGGUUGUCCGAGGUCUGUGAUGGAAAAGUGUCAGUUCAUGUGAUAGAAGGAGAUCAUCGCACCUUUCUGGAAGGAACAGGAGUUGAUUCAAUCAUUGGAAUCAUACACAGUUCUUUAGCGGAGCCUCGUGUCCCUGUUAGGGAAGGUUAAAGUAAAUUGCAAUGCCUCUGUUCCAUUGGCAGUGAAGCCAUUUACUCCUUGGCAUAGAGAGAUCCACCUUCUUCCUUUAAUUGUGGCAAAAAAUGGCUUCAUGACAACAAGGAGAGCAUCUCUUUAUGCUCUUAUCAGACAUGCAAAAUUAAUCUUAUUCUACCUUAUCUGAGUAGCAGGAAGAUAUUCAUCUGCCUGUACUAAAGCCCUACCCUGUUUUACUACCAUAAAUGUUAUGCCUUCUGCAAAGAGUAGGAGUAGAUUUUAUGUUGUAGCAUGUUCCUUAUCAGUAUUCAAUCAGCCAAUACAUCAGCACUUAGCAACCACGUUCCCAUGGAUUGUGAUAAAUAGGACCUUGAUUCUGAGGCUCUAACGAGCCUGUGACGAAUUUAAGAUGUCCAAUGAUGACAGAUUCUCAGCUUCAAGAAUCUGUCAAAUUUACUUUCAUAGGCAUGGUUUUGUAAUUUUUUUUUUUUAUAAUUUUGAAUAUUUAUUUUAUCUGUCAUUUACAUACUCUGUCAUAUCUCAGUGGGUCAGUAACAUUAAAAAAAAAAAGUGAGUAGAUAGAAGCAUCACACCUGUUCACUAGAAACCAACACCGCGAUACAAAUGGUGGCACAUUGAAUACAAUUGCCCCAUACGCACAUAUAUUUUAUAAACAUUAAAUAUAAGAGUAUGUAUGCACUGCAUUUAUACAUCAGGAGGGACAGCCACUCUGCGUAAAUGUAAGAAUAGCUCCCACCUGGCAAAAUUUUUGUUGAUGUUCUACCUUCCUAUAGAGAAGGGUUUGGCAAAUCAUACAAGACCUAAUCACACCAAAUUAUACCCACAACUUGUCAAUAUUGACACUAAACUCUAAUUACAAUCACAGCAUAAUUUUCUAUGAAAAUGUCCAUAUAUCAUGUCCAGUUAUUUUAAAAAUCUAUUCAGAAAUAUAGCAAAACAAUAUAUAGAAUCCGCUUGGAUGGGAGUUUCUACUGUCAUUUUCCUUGUUUUCCCACCAAGCUCCCUCCCGGCAGCAUCUAUUCUUUUCAGAAGUCUCCCUGUGUCCUGACCUGCCAUAAGGGGCCAUCUUCCCCUGUUCUUUGAUCCUUUUCUGUUAAAGAACUAACACGGAUCUUGGAAGAGCAGGCACAGUUGAAUUCCAGUUGAGAAUUGAGGGUUUAGUUCUCCUUUAAAGAAUUGACAGCUAUGUAUGUGCAAAAAAAUAGCAAAGGUGGCAGAAAAUGUGUUUACAGGAUUAUUACAAUUUUUUAUGGUUUUUAAAAGGGACACUAUCACUGUUUACUGUUUAGAGUCACUUUGUAUAAUGAUAUAUUUAAACCGGACCCAUAGCCUAUUAAUAAUUACAGAUUCUACACUGUAGCAUGAAAAGUAAAAAGUUACAGCUGAAAAUUGGUUUUGUGAAAUCCGUGAAAGUCACCGUUGCUAAACCUGCAGGAAUCAUUACAGGAGCCUCUCAGCAUCUGGAUUAUCCUUGUCCACAUAAGUCUUAAAUAAGCACUUUAAGAAACAGCGGUAGUGUCCCUUUACGUGCAUUUUCCAUGUCUUUAUGUUUUCAUUUUUGUGCCCUGAAGGGGCAAGUUGUACCCUACAGAGAUUAUAAGAACUACAAUGAUAUUUGGAGGAUUGUGCAGUGUUUCUUAUGCCUUAUACUAUCAACUGACUCCAGAGCUCAAGAGCCUUCCCAAAAGCAGAGUUUAAACAUAUGCAUUACUGAGUCCAAGUGAGGCAAUAUCUCAUUUCCUUAUACUGAAUAAUUUACCUGUCCUGAGCCAAGACUAAACCUAACACCCGCUCUGUUAUGGGCCCUUACGUUCGCCCAGCCCUGAAUAUGUUUAAAUCCGAAACAGUACGUAGCCCAACACAAAUUAUUUUUAAUUAAAGAACUAUAGGUGUAUAUUUUUUAUCCAAAUGAAACUGGUAUAGCAGUGUUUAACAUGGAAUUCAUUUAAUAGCAGGUAUGCAUGUGAGGCUUAGAAACUCUGUUCCACUCUGAGACAUACCACCUUGCAGUGUCAGCAGGUGAACCUGGAGUUUUCCUUCAAGAAAAUGUAAUGUUUCUGCUGCAUUUAUGAUACAGAGAAGUUGGAAGGGAUCGCUUAGUUUCACAUGCUGUCAGCGUGAUGGUAAUAAAGGGUCUUGUUCAUAAAUGAUGCUCCCGUUUGUGUAACAGUUAGUUUUCGGUACACAAAUGGAAUAUGUUGCCCUUUAUUGCCACUGUCAGUGUUUUUACUAGCCCUGAAUCAAUCCCUGUUGAAAGCAGCAGAAAUGCAUGUAGUGCUUUAUUUUAGUAAGUGAAAUAAAUAGAAUUUUUUCAUACAUCCUUUCCUUUUUCCUUUGCUAUAUAUUACUGCUUUGCAGUUAGUUUUGUGAACCUUGCAAAUUAUUAAACUUAAACUGAAACAUCA